AUGGCAUUUCAGAAGGCGGUGAAAGGAACUGCUCUCAUUGGAGGAGGUGCCAUAGCAACAGUUUUUGGCCUCUCUCAAUUUUCUCAGUAUAGAAACAAACAUGGUGCCUUGGUGCAGGUUCAGGCUGCAGAAGGUGCUCCAGUGAGGAAGGACCAUCUCCCCAGCAGAGAGCAGCAGAUUCAGGCCCUGCAGAGCGGCGGGGAGUUCGAUGUCCUGGUCAUUGGUGGGGGAGCCACGGGCUGUGGCUGUGCCUUGGAUGCAGCCACCAGAGGACUAAAAACAGCCCUUCUAGAAAGAGAUGAUUUCUCAUCAGGGACCAGCAGCAGGAGCACUAAAUUGAUCCAUGGUGGAGUGAGGUACCUCCAGAAGGCCAUCAUGAAGUUGGAUUUUGAGCAGUACAGGAUGGUGAAGGAGGCUCUGGAGGAGCGAGCACACCUGCUGAAGAGCGCUCCCCACCUCUCAGCCCCGCUGCCCAUCAUGCUCCCCAUCUACAAGUGGUGGCAGCUGCCAUACUACUGGGUUGGCAUAAAGCUCUACGACCUGGUGGCUGGCAGCCAGUGCCUGAAGAGCAGCUAUGUCCUCACCAAGGCCCGGGCCCUGGAGCUGUUCCCCAUGCUGCGCAGGGACAAGCUGGUCGGAGCCAUUGUCUACUACGAUGGACAGCACAACGACGCACGAAUGAACCUGGCCAUCGCCCUGACCGCCGCCCGCUACGGCGCAGCCACGGCCAACUACACCGAGGUACGGCAGCUGCUCAAGGGAACGGGCACGGACGGGCGGCAGCGCGUCUGCGGGGUGCGCUGCAGGGACGUGCUCACGGGGAAGGAGUUCGAUGUCAGAGCCAAGUGUGUUAUCAAUGCCACGGGACCUUUCACUGACUCGGUGCGCAAAAUGGAUGAUGAGGAGGUGCCCAACAUCUGCCAGCCCAGUGCAGGCGUGCACAUCGUGAUGCCUGGGUAUUACAGCCCUGACAACAUGGGGCUGCUGGACCCGGCCACCAGCGAUGGCAGAGUGAUCUUCUUCCUGCCCUGGGAGAAGAUGACGAUCGCAGGGACCACGGACAGCCCCACGGAUGUCACCUCCCACCCCAUCCCCACGGAGGAGGACAUCAACUUCAUCCUGAGCGAAGUGCGCAACUACCUGGGAGCAGAUGUGGAAGUGAGAAGAGGAGACGUGCUGGCAGCCUGGAGCGGCAUCCGGCCCCUGGUCACCAACCCUGACUCCAAGGACACGCAGUCCAUCUCCCGGAACCACGUGGUGACCGUCAGCGACAGCGGCCUCAUCACCAUUGCAGGUGGGAAGUGGACAACGUACCGUGCCAUGGCCCGGGACACCAUCGAUGCUGCCAUCCAGGAGCACAAGCUGCAGGCAGGCUCCUGCCAAACCAUGGGGCUGCAGCUGGAGGGGGCUCAGGACUGGAGCCCCACGCUCUACAUCAGGCUGGUGCAGGACUAUGGACUGGAAAGUGAGGUAGCUCAGCACCUGGCUUCCACCUAUGGGGACAAGGCUUUUGAGGUGGCCAAAAUAGCCCAGGUGACAGGGAAGAGGUGGCCUAUUGUUGGGAAACGUCUGGUGUCUGAAUUCCCUUACAUUGAAGCUGAGGUGGUGUACGGGGUCAAGGAGUACGCCCGCACCGCCGUGGACAUCAUCUCCCGCCGCACCCGCCUGGCCUUCCUCAACGUGCAGGCUGCUGAGGAGGCACUGCCCAGGGUCGUGGACAUCAUGGCCAAGGAGCUCAGCUGGUGCGAGCAGAAGAAGAAGGAACAGCUUGAAGCUGCUAAAACAUUUCUGUACUAUGAGAUGGGCUACAAAGUGAAAACAGAUCAAUUAACAGACAGCUCUGAGAUCAGCCUGGUGCCUUCAGAUAUUGAGAGGUACAAGAAGAGGUUCCACAUGUUCGACAAGGACAAGAAGGGCUUCAUCACCAUCCUGGACGUGCAGCGUGUGCUGCAGAGCAUCAGCGUGCAGAUGGAUGAGAACACCCUGCACGAGAUCCUCAACGAGGUGGAUCUCAACAAGAACGGGCAGGUGGAGCUCAACGAGUUCCUGCAGCUGAUGAGUGCCAUCCAGAAGGGCCGUGUGUCUGGCAGCAGGCUGGCCGUGCUGAUGAAGAGUGCUGAGGAGAACCUGCGGCGCCGCCAGGCCAUCCCCGUGGACCGCAGCGGAGGGGGGCUCUGAGCCCGGGGGCUGCCAGAGCCUUCCAGGGCUCCUGAUUCCCCUGGGCAGCUCUCCCAAAAGACUUUGGGGCUGAGGAAGGGUCAGUUGGCACAUCUGACACCCCAGGGAUGUUUGGAUGGACAUAGGGGUUUGCUCCUGUGGUCCUGGAGGCUUUUCCUUCUGAGCUGUGUUCCAGAAUGUUCAGGUGAAGGAUGGAGUGCUUGUGUUUCCAAACCCACAGUAACAGAUUUCACACAUCCUGCAGAAUGGAGGGAAAUGAGUGUAUAACACACAAUAAUUUUGGCUCAGUGAGUGAGGGAAGGGCUUCAGGAUUCUACUAUUUACAAAAGUUUAAGGGAAAAAAAAAAACAAAGUAAAGUCACAAGACCUUUUCCAGACUACGUGAAGAAAAAAUAUUUCCAAUAUUGAACAGGUUUUUUGUAAAGAAAAAAUAUUUUCACUAUUGAACAGCUUUUGUACAGUUUAAAGAGAAAUUCUCCACUCCUCUCUAGCUGGAAUUGUUAAAAGAAUAACCUGAAUUUACCUGGAAAGCAAGAUUUCUGUGUUGUACCCAAAGUACGUUCUCUGUUCUCUCCUUUUGCUAAUCUUGCAUCUGGAAUGUGACUGUGGGGUUGUCCUGGCUCUGUGUGUCCCUGGGCAUGGAUUUGCUUUGUGUCACCUCCUGCUCCCCUGCAGUGACAGGGACAACUGCAUGUGCUCCCCCAGCAGCUGCAUCUGCACAUGGAAAACUCCCAAGUGUUCAUUUAUCCAGUUCUGUCUGUUGGCUUUGCUCUUUGGGGGGUUUUAUGUGAAUGUACUGUGGGAAGAGUUGUGUGAUGUCACUGUCUUGCUGUGCUGAUCUGGGAUGGAAAAGCAGGAAUGGGAUGAUUUUAUUUUUUUUUUUUUUUGGUGAAGUGGAAGAUUUCUGGCUUUUCUGUGGGUAUUUUGUAUUUUCAAUAACCUGGCCUUGUGGGGAGGGGGGAUCCACGCAGUGUCUGGGUGUGUAUAAAUGUGUGUACAGACACACUGCAGGUUUACACGGGGCACUCAGGUCUGUCAGCAGGUUCCUGUUGCAGCCUGGGCUGUUCAGUGCUGUGUUUGAAGCUGGGUUGUCGUUUUUAUAACUGUCCUGGUGUUUUCCUGCCAUUAUUUAUUACCUUUGAUAUCUGGAAUGAGCCGCAUGCGUUUAUUGAGCAAUAAGAGGAUGUAUUUAAUGUGCCUUGUUUUCAACUGAGUCAGGACUGGAAGCAUGAAUCAAUAAAACUGGUUAAGAACACUCCUUUCGCUGGCAGUUUGUUAUGUCAGGUGCAAAAAUACCUCGGGGUGGCCCUGGAGAAGUUUCUUUGGGAAGGAGGAUGAGGGGAUGGAUGUGUUUGGUGAAGAGAUGUCCCCUCUCAGCCCAGAACUGAGUGCUGGGCAGUGUCAGAGUGGGAGUGAGGAGUGAGUGCAGCCCUUGGGGUGCUCCAGGUGAGGAAUCCUGCACUGCCC